AUGUCUUCAAGCUUCACUGCAACACCGACCCUCCCCAUACCUUCGCCCACGUCGACGCCAAUACCAGAGGAGGAAGAGUACUACUCGUCAUGGUCCCUCUUCCUUGUGUGCGGUCUCCUUGUCUUGUCGCUCUUUACAUCGUAUUAUCUUCAAAUCAAGCGCAUACGUGCAAUCCAUGAGACUUUGGUCGCUAUCAUAGGCGGCAUGAUUGUGGGAUUGGUGGUACGGCUUGCUCCAGGGACGAUGAUACGAGAGAUGCUGACAUUUAGACAUACUCUCUUCUUCAAUCUCCUGCUGCCACCCAUCAUUCUAAAUUCAGGCUAUGAACUCAAGCAGGAGAACUUCUUUCGGAACUUCGGGUCCAUCUUGACCUUUGCAUUCCUCGGGACCUUCAUAUCCGCGGUUGGCGUAGGGGUGCUAGUUUACAUUUACUCAUUCCUGGGUUUAGAGUCACUGGAUGUGACAUUAAUAGAGUGCCUCAUAUUCGGGUCCACAUUAUCUGCGACAGAUCCCGUAACGAUUCUGGCGAUAUUCAAUCAGUACAAGGUCGACCCCAAGCUAUACACCGUAAUCUUCGGUGAGAGUCUGUUGAACGAUGCAGUCAGUAUCGUCAUGACGUUGACCCAAUUCCAUGGGUCGGAAAUUUACGUGUCCUCAUUAUUCCACGGCAUUGGGAUUUUCUUGCUGUCAUUCAGCGUCUCUAUGGCGCUCGGCGUCAUCUUCGGGCUUGGAAUGUCGCUCAUCUUGAAGCACUCGUCACUAAUGCUCUAUCCAUCGAUUGAGUCAUGCCUUGUCGCCCUCUCCGCAUACACGUGCUACUUCUUCUCCAACGGUCUGUCCAUGUCGGGCAUCGUGUCUCUCCUCUUCUGCGGCAUCACACUGAAACACUAUGCAUACCACACCAUGUCACGCCGUACGCAGCGCGCAACUAAAUACAUCUUCUCCACCCUUGCGCAGCUAUCGGAGAACUUCAUCUUCAUCUACCUUGGGCUAUCGCUGUUUACUAGUCCUCCUUCGUCAGCGAAAAUCACCAGCUACUUCAAGCCUCUGUUCAUUACCAUUACCACCGUUGCGGUCGUAUUCACUCGUUAUGCAGCUGUCUUCCCGCUCUCAGAGGCAAUCAACCUGUUCCACCGGCAUGCGCGCGGCCAGCGCCAGGAGGAGCUUCCACACUCGUAUCAGAUGAUGCUCUUCUGGGCCGGCCUCCGGGGUGCAGUUGGUGUUGCGCUUGCAGCAGGAUUCAAGGGAGAGAACGCACAAACGCUCAGAACAACAGUACUUGUGGUAGUUGUCCUGACUGUCGUUGUAUUUGGCGGCACCACGGCCCGGAUGCUCGAAGUGCUCGGCAUUCGCACUGGAGUAGAGGAUGACGAGGCAAGUAGCAGCGACGAAGAAGAUAUGCCUACAGCGCGAUCCGGGUGGUACAAUAGGCGCAGUGCGCGAUGGAACCAAUACCUGGAAGAAGAGCCAAGUGUCUUCGCAUCACAGCAGGCAAACUUCCCACGCAGCGACAGCCCGCGUAUGUACAACCACCAAGUACAGAAUUCAGGCCCGAUCCGUAAUAAUACCAUCUUCUCUGCCGCAUCGUCUGACUCGUUCGAUGAUGACGGCGAAGUGCUCCCCCUUGCGACUGCAGCGAUCACCGAGAUGCCCUACCCCGGUGGACGCCGCAAGUCGCGCGACGGGUCGCUUGGAGGCCCAGGACCAUCGAACGGGGCUGGGAGCGAUGAGAGCAAGUGGUUCCAGCAACUUGACGAGCGGUAUUUGCUCCCGCUCUUUUCGAACGCGACUGCAAGUCGGACGUUCCAUGCCCGGAAGGCACGGCGGACGUCGGGGAUGAGCACGACGAAUGGGAGCAGGAUCGGCACGCCUGCGGAGUCGGACGACGAGGGGGACGAUGGCGUUGAGGUCGAUUUGACCACUGCGGUGACGCGUGUGGCGAACGGCAUAAUCGACGAGGCGCGGGCGCUGACGCCAGGCAUCAUAGAUCAGAGUCGCACAGAACGAGGAUUGGGUAGUCCUAUGCUGCGGCGGGACAGCGAAGGCCAAAACCGCGACAGAGUUUUAUGA